UAAAAAUAGCCAGGUACGAUUAACUUUAUGCACAAUUCAUUACAUUUUAUUGUUUCAUUUUAAAAUUUUGUUCCAGAAUGAUGCUCCCCGAAAUGGUGUCUUUCCUCGAUUUGCCAAAACAUCUAUGACAAACGAGGUUCCCAUGAAUGGAUUUUCUGCAGAGUGUUUAGUCACAUCAAGAAAAGAUACACAUAAAGAGAAAGAACGACAAAAGAAAGAGAUUCACAAUAAAAUUGAGAAGAGGAGACGAUGGCUGAUAAACGAAAAAAUAACAGAACUUGGAAACUUGCUUCCAGAUAAUAUUAAUCGUGCAUCUGGUCUAAAGAAAGGCUCCAUUUUGAAGGAAACAGUUGAGUACAUUAAACAGCUUAGGAAAGACCAGGGUCGAGUUCAUCGUUUGGAAAAGAAAAUGGGCGAAACGUGUCUCGAGGUUAAGCAAUUGGCACACAGGCUUGAACAAUGGGAGAUUCGGAUGGCAACCAAGGGUGCAAAUAGCGGAGGAACUGGUCAUUUGCAAGAUGAAACCUAUGAGAAUCAAGACAUCAAUAAUAGUUUGACGGCAGAACCAGCCAAAACCAGAGAACACCCCUCCCCAAUUUUGCAGGACACUCCACUGGAUAUGUUGGCAACAGAGUCAGAAAUGAUGGACCCAGCUCCAGUCUGGGAUGACGAAUCUUCAAAGUUUUCGGCCGACGCCAUCAUAUCAUUACCCCUUAUCGCUGGAGUUGACAUCAACGAUAUGGAUUAUUACUUCUGAGUAAACCGGCGUGAACCGAAAAGUAAUCUAUAAUGGAAUACUUGAAAUCUGCUGAUUAUCUGGAAUAGACUAUAUCAACAUGAAACGUUUACACAACGAAAUUAUGCCAAGGUUGAUAUAAUGUAUUGCAUCUUAUAUGAAAACAAAAUCAACCAUAUAUAUUUCCGAAAUUGUUAAUUUUAUCAAACAUUUCAUUUUGUGUUCAUCUGUACAAUCAACAGUUGGAAAACAAUUGCAUCAACAGUAUUAAUAAGCACGUAAUUCAACAUGUGCACACAGUCAUAAAAAUAUUCUAUAUUUUGCAGACAUGCUUUACCAGGUUUUAGUCUAGAGGAGAGAUCUACCGAUGUAUAUUGAGAUGUCAUCAUUGAGAUCAGGCUAUUAAAACAUUGAUUAAGUAGAAUAUUUAUAUGAUACAUGUAUUUGACUUUAAUAUGCCCCGCCCCCCACCACCCCCUUCGAGGAAGGAUGCAAGUCGGUCGGUCAAUCAGUUUCCGGAUGAUAACUCAAGAACACUUUGGCCUAGGAUCACGAAAAUUGAUACUGAGGUUGUUCAUGACCAGCAGAUGGCCCCUUUUUAUUUUGAGGUUAGUAGUUCAAAGGUCAAAUUCAGAGUGAUCCGGAACAGUCAAACGAUUUCCGGAUUAUAACUCAAGGACGCAUGGGUCUAGGAUCACAAGAGUUGAUAAAAAGUUUGCUCAGGACCAGCAGAUGACCCCUAUUGAUUCUGAAGUCAGUAGGUCAAAGGUCAAUGUCACUUUGACCCGGAACAGUUAAACCGUUUCCGGACGGUAAUUUGAGAACAUAUGGGCCUGGAGUCACGAAAUGUAAGCAUAUGCAAUGGCACACAUUAUUUCAAGGUACCAUUUCGGUUUCAUAUGAAUAACAUUCGUCUUGAAAUAUCUGUUAAAAACUUGAUAAUAUGACCUUAAAUAUGUCAAGAUACAAACCAUAACCAUAGGUAUUAAUAGCAUGUAGCAUGAAGGCUAACUAUGCAGCCACAAAAUUGAGAAUUACAUACUGAAUAUUGUUUACAGUAUGACAGUAUGCAAUAUAUCAGUAUCACCCAUUAGAGCAUAAAACAAAAGAGACUUUUAUUUUAAAUCAUGCACUUCUUUUGAUAAUGUGUAUGCUACAUAUAUAAUCAUAUCAGUGUCUCCACUUGUUACAGGAAGCAAUUUGUGUUAUGAAAACACAAAUCAUUUCAGAAAAUAUAGCAGAAAAUGUGAGCUUGAUGUCAA